CAGACAUCGUGAUCCAUGGACACUAACGAGAGUGAAUUCUCGCAGGAGGAUGUGCUGCCAAUAGCCAAGACGGCGAUCGAGGCGGCGUUGAAGGACACGGUGUACAACCGCAAGAAGGUGAUGGAUUGGUCCAACACGCUGGUGGCGAGUGUACUCACGGGGCUGCAGAACCUCAGUAAGCCUUUCAAGUACGCAGUUACAUGCCUCAUCAUGCAGAAGACCGGCGCAGGCAUGACAACAGCCGCCUCUUGCUUCUGGGAUCCGACCAUGGACGGAUACUGCACGGUGCUCUGGGAGAACAGCACCAUCUACUGCAUCGUGACAGUCUACGGCGCUGCAAUCUCCCCGUCAGCUAUCAAAAUGGAGCAUUAAACAGAUCCGAUAUAAAUGUAUUCAUUCAGACAAUUUCUAC